AUGUCGUCUCGGCCAUUUGAAAGACCUCUCCUGCCUGUGCCGUCUGCUGUCGCUUCUCCAGUGGGGAAUACCAUCCGGCCUCGGGUCAAGAAGGCUUCGUUGGCUUGCACGGAGUGCCGGAAACGCAAAUCAAAGGCAACCCGACUUCUGUGCGUUGGUCUUCCUCCGCCCUGCGAGCGUUGCCGUCGCCUAAACACAGAAUGUAUCCUCGAUGAAGAAAGUGACCGUCGUCGUCGCGGCGUCCUUGAGCGCAGAUUAGAUGCCUUGGAGCAAGACCGCACGCUACUAGUGAGGUUGGUGGACAGCAUUCGCGAUGGUAGCCAGGAAGAGGCUAGUAGAGUCCUGAGCUACAUUCGGAGUGACGCUUCACUAGAUGACAUUCGGCAUUAUCUGUCACAAAGUUCGUCACCCGCCGAUAGUGAGCAUGUGCCCAAGCAGAGAUUCAAUCCUCUUUAUCGUGUACCGGCUUGGCCAUGGACUUCAGUGACGGAUGAUAGCAAUUAUAUCUCCCAUCUCAUAUCCCUCUACUUCUCUUGGAACUCUCCUGUACAAAAGUGGAUUGAUCGCGAUCUGUUUAUCAGAGACAUGCAGAGUGGGAACAAAGACUCGCAGUUCUGCUCUCCCUUUCUUGUCAAUGCGGUCCUGGCGGUUGCUUGCUGCUACUGCGACAUAUCGGAAACAAGUUAUGCGCUCGACGUUGCCUUACCGGGGAAACAAGAUUUUCAUGACGAAGCAAAACGGCUACUUGACCAGGAGGAGGACAAGCUUUCUCUCACAAGCUUUCAAGGCCGCUGUGAACUAUACUUGAGCACGUGGAUCAUGGGCAAGCACAUGCUCGGAUGGCAGUACUUGGUCGAUGUUGCGGACUGUGCUCGGCAGCUCAUGACUCGAAGGAAUGCCAUCUCACUGGAGUCUGACAAAAAUGCCAUUGAGCUACUUUAUGCUUUUGAUACUGCAAUAACUGGAUCAUUUAGUGCUCUGUCUAUCGCGUACCCUAGUCUUCAUAAACAGUCGAACAUGCCGAAGCCUACUACAUAUAACCUGCUUCCACCAGACCAUAACCCAAAAGAUGUGUGGUGGCCAUAUACUGUUGAUGAUGGAUCAGAGAUAAUGCCGGUACCUGUGCCAGCACAUUCGAACUGCGUCAGCGCUGAGCUGUUCAAGCUUCAACUGGUAUUAUGGGAAAUUUCGAACAAUCCUUUUCAGAGCAUAGAGCAGCUUUGCUCCACCAAAGAGGAGAUGGCGGACGUCUUCCACGAACGAUUAAAACAAUGGGCACUCGAGCUUCCUGAAUGUCUGACGCAGGCCAGCUUAGUGGAUAUUACGCCGAUCCCGGCAGUUCUCAACAUGCAUGCCGUCAUUAAUAUAUAUGAUGGCAUCAAGAUCCUCAGUGACGGCCUUUCUCCCAUAAACAAGGUCCAGGCCAUGCGGUUAUCCUCCGCUCGUACCAUCUGCUCCCUCCUCGAGAUUUUUGUUUCACGUUGGUCUGUGAUAUACAUGCCCUUCAUCUAUAUACGCUACGCAAAUAUUGCAUUGUCCAUCCUGCUUGCCGACUUAGACAACUCGGAAAGUAGAGGGCAUUUCAUAAGCUCCUAUACUGCUCUUCAUACGCUGUCAAUACGGUUUCCAAUAGCAAAGGAGGUGUUGCAGCUUAUUCUAGAGCAGGCUAGGCAGCUGCAAACGGAUCUCCCCGGCGAGAUCCUUUGCAUGAACUAG